UCUCAUUUCUGUACACUUCAUUCACAAAACCAACCUUAAGAGAUGACGAGCCACUCCAGAAACACAAGCUCUAUUGCUUAUCUCUUGCUUUGUCUCUUCAUUACCUCUGCGACUGCACAUUCCUUCAUACGACAAUUCACUGAUGGUGACCUCAACACAAAUCUGCAGCAGGAGGUAGGCGUAGAACCAAUCCGAAACCUGGACGUAGGGCAUUACUUACAAGGAAAUAAGGAGAUCUCAUCACAUGAUUAUAAAGUCUCAGCUUCAAACGCAGUCAAAGGUCUGAGAGAUCGUCCUCCAUCGUCUUACUCUCUCAAGAUGGAGUCUUUCAACACACUCCUUAAGUCAACUUACACGGAGAAAUACGUAUCUCGUCCCUUUUCAGUUGGUGGAUACAACUGGACACUUGUUGUGUUCCCCAAUGGAAACAAGAAGGAUGGUGGUUCAGGGUACCUUUCGCUUUACGUAGCCAUAGACAACUCAACUCUUGUUGCUGCACAGCAAGAGAUCUACGCGGAUCUAAGGUUUUACAUCUUUAACAAGAACGAGAGGAAGUACUUCACUAUCCAAGAUACCGAUGUAUGGAAGUUUAGUGUCUUCAAAACGAUGUGGGGAUUCUCUCAGGUCCUCUCCAUUGAUACAUUCAAAGACCCGAUAAACGGAUACCUCUACGAUGGAGAUCACUGCGAGUUUGGUGUUGAUGUAACCAUUCCUUCUCUUUAUGAAAAAUCAGAACUUUUCUCUGUCACAGAGAAUUUUCAAAAUCCGAGAUUCACCUGGACCAUUCGAGGAUUCUCUACGCUGCUAAGAGACACUUACCUAUCAGAUGUGUUCACCAUCGGAGGAAGAAGUUGGAAUAUACAAGUUAAUCCAAGUGGUCGUGCCACGGGAGAGGGAAAAGCCUUGUCGAUGUACCUUAACCUUAAUGUGAACGAGAUAUUCAAACCAUAUGAGAAGAUUUAUGUUCGAGCCAAGCUUCGAGUUCUUAACCAACGCAAUCUCAAUAACGUCGAAAGGCCACUCGAUAUUUGGUACAAUGGUCCGGGAUAUGGAGAAUAUAGCUGGGGUUACCCUGAGUUUAUCUCUCUCUCUGAUCUCAGAGAUGCAUCAAAGGGUUUCCUUGUGAACGAUGUGUUGAUGGUUCAAGUUGAAAUGGAGGCCAUUUCUUCAACCAAGUACUUUCCUAAGAAGAGAAAAGAUGGACCAAUCCCAAACCUGGAAGAAGCAAAUUACUUGCAUAAACAUAAUGAGAUCUCAUCACUUGAUUAUAAUAAAGUUUCAGCUUCAAACAUAGUUAAAGCUCUAAGAGAUGAUCCUCCAUCGUCAUACUCUCUCAAGAUAGAGUCUUUCAACUCGCUUCUUAGAACCUACGUACUCAGAUUCGAAUCUCGUCCUUUUUCAGCUGGUGGAUACAACUGGAGACUUGUUGUGUACCCUAGCGGGAACUGGUGGGAUACUAGUUCAGGAUACCUUUCGCUUUACGUAGCCAUAGACGACUCGACCCCCAUCGCUGCCCAUCAAGAGGUUCAUGCGGAUCUAAGGUUUUACAUCUUCAACAACAACGAGAGAAAGUACUUGACCAUCCAAGAUAUGGAUGUAUGGAAAUUUAGUGCCUCCAAAAAAAUUUGGGGAUUCCCUCAGGUCUUGUCUACAGACGUAUUCAAAGACCUGCGAAACGGAUACCUCUACGAUGGAGAUCAGUGUGAGUUCGGUGUUGAUGUGACCAUUGCUUCUCACUACCAAAAAUCUGAAUCUUUCUCUGUCACUGAGAGUUUCUAUAACCCGACAUUCACCUGGACUAUUCGGGGAUUCUCCACGCUGCUCAAAGAGAGUUAUCAAUCAGAUGUGUUCUCUAUCGGAGGAAGAAGUUGGUAUAUACAUGUGUUUCCAAAUGGUCGUGGAGAGGGAAAAGCCAUGUCUAUGUAUCUAAACAUUAAUUGGGACGUGAAAUUCAAACCCUUUGAGAAGAUUUAUGCUCGAGCCAAGCUUCGAGUUCUUAACCAGCGAAAUCUCAAUAACGUCGAAAGGCAACUCACGAAUUGGUACAUUGGUCCGGGAUAUGGCUCGGGUGACUCUGAGAUUAUCUCUCUAGCUGAUCUGAGAGAUUCAUCAAAGGGUUUUGUUGUGAAUGAUAUGUUGAAGGUUCAAGUCCAACUUGAGGCCAUUUCUUCAACCAUGUACUUCCCCAGUUAGAUUUCUCAAACCAAGGAACUUGCAACUCCAUGUUAUUGCUUUGUUAUCAAACCACCUAAUCAUAAGAAAUUGAGUAUGUUUUA